UAUUCAAUCGAAUAUUCAAUCAACAAUGGUAAAUAGUUCAGUUAUCGUAACGAUACUAUUGAUAAUUGUAUCAAUUAAAUAUUCUAAUGAACAAACUAUUAAUUGUGAUCGAAAUGCUGUUGAUCGUUGUAUGUUAAGAUUGACCAUUUUUGGUGAUCCAAAAUUACGAUUUCCAUAUGAUUUGAAUACAAUGAAUAAACGUUGUCGAGAAGUGAAAUCAUUGGAAACGUGUAUAAAAAAUUAUACAAAAAAUUGUCUUCCAUUAGAUGCACGUAAUACCGUAUCUGUGCUUAUAUUUAGUAUUAAACAAACAUUCAAAGUAUAUUGUACUCGUAAACGAAAACCGGCAUUCAUUUCCAUUGGUUUGUGCAUGAAUCCAAACAUGGUAGAAAUGUCCAAAACGAUGAAUCAAUUUACACGUUCAUUACACGGUAUUCGAUUUUAUCAUGAUGAAAGUCUUCGAAUUCCAAUGGUUUGUUGCAAUUAUUCUAUUAAAAAGUCUAUAUUGGAUUUGGCCACUGUUAAAUGUCCAAAAAUACUUGAUGAAGUUGAAUAUAUGGUCGAUGGCUAUGGAAAAAAUGUUGCUAAUCUUAUCUGUGGUGAUUACAAUGAAGAAUCGGAUAAAUGUGAAUCUAUUAUCGGACAAACACCCGAAUGGAAAAAGCCAUUAAAUUUUACUAGUUUUGUCAUACCAUUAGCACAAAUUGUUGGUAAUUUAUAGAUAAUCAACGAAAAUCGAUCAUUUGACAAUAUUAUUUUCCAAAAUCAAUUAAAAUUUUAUUAAUUAAAAAAAAAUUAUCCUUGAAAUUUAUAUUAUUUCAAUGAUGGUCAU